AUGGCACGGAAAGACCCUCAUCACGACGCUGUUCCAAGUGGUAGCACGGUCGAAACAGAGACGCAUGUGGAUGUCCUGGCCAGUCAACCGUCGUCCGUCGACGGCAGUACGACCAUGACAAGUGCAAGUAACAGCAGCGAUGACAACAACAAUAAAGCCAGCAGCCCACGAAAUUCUUGGACCCAGGAAGGCAUUCGUCGCAUCCGAGCCGACAAGGUCAUGAAAGACAUGCGAUUCUUGACCUGUUUGGCCAGCAUCGGUGGCUUUUUGUUUGGGUACGACACGGGCGUCAUCUCGGGAGCCAUGUUGCCCUUGGCCAGGGCGUUUUCGUUAACCGCCGAAGAAAAGGAAGUGGUCGUCUCAUCCACUGUCCUGGCCGCUUUGGUCGCUUCUCUCGCGGGGGGGUCGUUGAAUGACAAACUCGGACGUCGCAAAUGUUGUCUGAUUGCCUCCAUUGUCUUUACGGCUGGCUCAUUCAUACUAUUUGUUUGCUGGGAUUAUACCACUCUGGUACUGGGGAGAAUCGUGGUCGGUCUGGGCAUUGGAAUUGCCAGUUUGACGACCCCCGUCUAUAUCGCGGAGAUGUCCUUGCCACGCAUGAGAGGAAGACUGGUAACGGUCAAUGCACUCCUCGUCACUGUGGGACAAUUCACUGCUGGAAUGGUCGAUGGCGCAUUGGAUGAAGUCAUGCCCGAUACGGGUUGGAGGUACAUGUUGGGGCUGGCGGCUGUACCAGCAUUAAUCAUGACGUGGGGAUUCUUGAGAUUGCCAGAAUCACCACGAUGGCUAGCCAAUAAAGGACGCAUUGAAGAAGCUGCAUUGGUAUUGCAACAAUUUCGGGAAUCCGAUGAAGAUGCCAUGGAAGAACUGCAAGAGAUCAAAAACGCAUUGCCUCUGGAAAUUUUGGAAAUGAUUGAGGAUAAUAACAACAAUGAAGAGGGGGGGAUCACUGCGAGUACUGCAACGGCAACUGUAACCCGUGAAACUACAUUGCAAGCUACGUGGCACAAUAUUCAGCAAUUUGCAAAACAAGUACACAACAUGUUGCAGGAUAAAGGGGCCAGAAAGGCACUGUUCCUAGGCUGUGGCCUCAUGUGGGUGCAGCAGCUGUCGGGGAUCAAUACUGUCAUGUACUAUGCUGCCAGUAUCUACGAAAUGUCCCAAUUUGAUGAGGUCACGGCAGUUUGGUUGAGUGGCUUUACAGCGUUGGCACAAGUGGCUGGUAUUGCCGCCAGCAUUUACUUGGUGGAUAUAGCAGGCAGACGACAACUCAUACUCACGUCACUAGGGCUGGUGGCGAUCUGUUUAUUUGGGUUGGGUGGAUCCUUCUAUCUAAGUCGAGUAUCGUCACGUGAUGUGUUGGCCACUGAUGACACGUGUCACGGUAUUUCAGCAAUGGUUUGGAGUGGAGUGACAACAUACUGCUACGAUUGUGCCCAGAUGGAUGGAUGUGGCUUUUGCGGCGGACGAUGCGUUGCAGGAAAUGAAAAGGGUCCCUUUCAACCCACACACAACAACACCAGUUUUGACCCUCCGGUUUGUGGCCGAGAUACGCGAUGGAUUUACAACACGUGUUCGAAUCCGUGGGGAUGGUUGUCAGUGGUCUUUAUGGUCGCCUACCUAAUGGCAUUCGGCAUUGGAAUGGGAGGACUGCCCUGGACCCUCAACUCGGAAAUCUUCCCCAUGCGCUUUCGUUCCAUUGCUGUGAGUUGUUCCACUGCCUCCAAUUGGAUUGGCAACCUCCUUGUGAGUGCUACGUUUCUCUCCAUUAGUCGACCGGAAAGCGUGACAGCCUACGGCGCAUUUUGGAUGUAUGGAAGUGUGGCGGUGAUUGGUUUUGUCUGGUUAUACUUUGCUCUUCCCGAAACCAAGGGGUUGUCCUUGGAAGAGAUUGAACAAAUGUUCCGUGGUAAUCACCCUCGACACGGUCACGGUGGCGGUGGAGGCUACGAUGUGGUUGGCAACGCUGAUUAUGAAGACGACGAUGACGAUCGUGCCACCAUUGUCAGCAUCGACAGCAAUCGACAAAGCAAGAUAUCGUUGCCCGAAAUGGAAAGGCCAACCGAUAAUGGACAAUCGUCUCCUCCGGCACGAACUUAUCAAUGA